AUUUCCUGUAUAUUUCAAUGGGUGAUUGAUUGCCAGGGAUUUUUUUCUUCUGGAAUAAGGAUACCUUGUUCGCUUUUUAUUGGUAGUUGAAUGCGAGUCCUUCCAAUCUUUCGGGAAUACUGUCUCCAUUGGUAUAUGGAAAUGUCUGAAAAACAGCAAGAUCAGGUUUAGGACAGCAUUGUCUACAGACAAAGGGUGAAGGAUUUAUUCUAGAGACUGCGUGGAAAGCAACUGAGACUGAGAGGGAAGUUGUUUUAUGAUGAAUUGAUUCGCAGGUCGAGGAGGGGGCAGUGAUGAAUGCGUGAGGGAUAUAAAAGAGAAUUGCACAGAUUUCGGUCACAGACUGGAGCAACGGUGGGAAACACCAAUCACGUGAAUAAACAACAACAUCCAUGCCAUUGGAUAAAGUUGCAUUGGCUUUUUGGCUUUGAAUCCACACCAAAAUGCAGAAAGCAACAUACUACGAUAACUCUGGACUGUUUGGAGGGUACACCUUCCCCAAACCAGACUCCUACAACUACGGUCCUGCCCACCAGUCCUACCCUGCGUCUAACAUUGAGAAUGACUACCAGGCCUCGGUGUGUCCCAUCCAGACCUCUGCUGUCCGGCCCCCGACCAUCAAAGAUAGUGACCUGAACGCAGACUGCAUGCGGCAGAGCGGCAGCCAGAGCAGCAGCAGCAGCAGCAGCCAGGCCACCAGCAUCGUGGAGCAGCAGGCACCCCCACUGUCUGCAUCCUCUCCCAGCCCCAACAGCUCUGCACCCCCGAAGAAGAAAUCCCCACCCAGCAGCGCUUCCAGCAUUGCCACACCGACCCUCACUAAGCAGAUCUUCCCCUGGAUGAAGGAGACCCGGCAGAACUCAAAACAGAAGGGCAGCAGCUGCUCCGGCGCAGGUAUAGAUCAGGAUGCUGGAGAGAUGAGUGAUGAGAAGAGCCCACCGGGACCGGCCUCCAAGCGGGUCAGAACUGCUUACACUAGCGCACAACUUGUGGAGCUGGAGAAGGAGUUUCACUUUAACCGCUACCUGUGUCGCCCACGGAGAGUGGAGAUGGCGAAUCUGUUGAAUCUCACCGAGCGUCAAAUAAAGAUCUGGUUUCAAAACAGGAGGAUGAAAUACAAAAAGGACCAGAAGUCUAAAGGGCUCGCACACUCUCCCCUGGGACACUCCCCGGACAGGAGCCCACCGAUGAGUGGCCCGAAUCACAUUGGAUACUCUGGUCAGCUCCAAAACGUGAACAGCCUCAGCUAUGACGCGCCCUCGCCCCCGUCCUUCGCCAAACCCCAGCAAAACAUGUACGGUUUGGCGGCGUACACGGCACCUCUGGGUGGCUGCAUCCCGCAACAGAAGAGGUACCCGGGCUCCGAGUACGAGCACCACGCCAUGCAGAGUAACGGCGGCUUUGCCAACGCCAAUUUGCAGGGCAGCCCCGUUUACGUGGGGGGGAAUUUUGUUGAUUCCAUGCCAGCCUCGGGCCCCAUGUUCAACCUCGGCCAUCUUCCCCACCCCUCGUCCACCAGUGUGGACUACAGCUGUGCCGCUCAGAUCCCAGGAAACCACCACCAUGGACCCUGUGAUCCCCAUCCCACAUACACAGACCUCACCUCUCUCCAAGCAUCUCAGGGAAGGAUUCAGGAAGCGCCUAAACUCACGCAUUUGUAAUAUGUGGUUUAUGUGUGUGUGUGUGUGUGUGUGUGUGUGUGUGUGUGUGUGUGUGUGUGUGUGUGUGUUUGCGUGCGUGCGUG